GGACCAGCAGCCUACGGAGAACUUGGACAUGGAUGCCCAAAAUAUCGACGUAGAAGAAGCGGAGAAGAGGACGGACGACACCGAUUUCAGUGUCGCCACCAGACGGAGGAAGCGGGUGCGAGUUUCCUCCUCCGAAGAAGAAGAAGAACCCAGGCAGCGAAAGAUGCCAGCUGCCACAAAGAAGAGUGGUCCUAGAGCAACCAGGACCACCGAGGCCCCCAUGGCAGGAACAGGAGUUCCGCCAAUCAACAUCGAGGGCACCGCUGAUUGGUCAUCCUUGAGUAGGAUGAUGAACAGCAAGGGGAUUCAAUUCUCCAAAGCGAGGACGGCGGGUACCAGUGUGAAGGUAUUCACAAAUACACCAGCUGACUACCGUCAGCUAGUCGCACUGCUUGAAUCCAUCAAGCGGCCCUUCUUCACAUAUCAACUGAAGGAGGACAGGAUGGACCAGAGGGUCAUUCGUGGGCUUCCGAGAGAGAUGUCAGUCAAUGACAUCAAAGAGGAUCUGGUGAGCCAAGGCAUCGCAGACGCCGUGGUUCAGCAGCUGACCUCAAGGACCACAAAGAAGCCACUUCCGCUCUUCCUCGUCAAGACGAAGAUGCCGGAAAAGCUUGCAGAGAUCCAGAGGCUGGCCAUGCUCACGAUGAAUCUGGAACUAUCAAGAAGUGGCCACCCUGUGAGGAGGAGGCCUACCCCUAUACCCGUAGCUCCCCCUAGGGUGCCAACUCCUAUGCCAUCGAACAACAACAAUGCACUGCCAGGAUCAACCACGAAAGACUUCAACAUACUGCCAUCAUCAACUUCCCAAUCAACGACAAGAACUCAACAUUCUCCUAUGCAACAUGAUCCUCCAACGCGGAUUACGAUGCCCCGAUCGCAUUCCAAAGCUCCAAGCCACAGACUGGACAAUGAAGAUGUUCGGACCGGAUGGAUCAAUCCCAGGCUAAUAUCCAAGGUAGGCAAAUCUUUUAAAGUCAUACAAACUGUGGAGGAAUCCAUACAAAUCUACAAUAGUUCAAGGACUUAA